AUGAGCUCCUAUGUGGGCUCCACCUCAGAGAGCAAAGGCAAGAGAGUUGUAAUUAAUAUAUUUUCUGUUGUUCUUUUGAUCCUAGGUCAUCCAAAAACUAAAGUUUUUGUAACUCAUGGUGGAGCCAACAGCAUUUAUGAGGCGAUCCAUCAUGGGAUCCCCAUGGUUGGCAUCCCUUUAUUUGCAGAACAACAUGAUAAUGUUGCUCACAUGGUGGCCAAAGGAGCAGCUGUUGCAGUUCACUUUCAUACAAUGACAAGUGCAGAUUUGCUUAAUGCACUGAAGACAGUCGUUAACAACCCUUUCUAUAAAGAAAAUGUGAUGUGGUUGUCAACCAUUCACCAUGACCAGCCUAUGAAGCCCCUGGACAGAGCUGUCUUCUGGAUUGAGUUUGUCAUGCACCACAAAGGGGCCAAGCAUCUGAAGCCACUUGCCUGUAACCUCAGCUGGUACCAGUACCACUCUCUGGAUGUGGUUGGAUUCCUACUCACCUGUGUGGCAGCCUUGGCUUUCCUUGCUAUAAAAUGCUGCUUGACUGUUUACCAAUUCUUUGUAAAGGAUGUGGACUUUUCUCCAGACAUGUCCAGCAUGUCCGUUAGUGUCCUUGUUCAGCCCACACUUGAGCGGUCAUGUUAG